AUUAGAUGCGAUAAGCCGCGUCUUAUCUUCAUAACAUCACAUACAAAUGAAUUUUAACACGCGUUAUCUCUUUCACAAAACUUAUAUAAUGUAAAUUAUCUAAAUCUAAUGAAUCUAAUCUAUUGUACGAUUACGUAGAAGUGAUAGAGAUUAAAUAGCACCAUUGCACGCGGACUCGGUAAUUUUUUAAGAUGUUGGUUACAGAAUUAAAGACGAAAUAUUCCGCAAUCUUUCAUUAUGAUCAAAUAAACUUAAUCAUUAGACUUUUCAAAGUUCAAACAGGACUACUAUUUAUUAUAGCGAUAUUGACUUGGUAUCUUUGAGAUCAAACAUUUUUAGACAUUGAUUAUUAAGUAGGAUUAAGCAGGAUGCUUAUCUUAAUUGUUCUCCCCUCCUUUCCUACCACCUCUCGAAGCUUGUUAAAAUGUUUUUUUUUAUCAUACCUUGUAUAUAAAAAGGCGUAAUUAAUGUAAUACUUAUCAGUUAGUCGAAUUCUCUUGUUAACAGAGCCACUCCCAGGUGACACCAAUACGCAAGCAUGCAACUGAUCGCCAUAGCGUUGUGCCUUUCGGCUGUACUUUGUACCGUCUAUGCCAUUCCACUAAAAGAUAAUUUGGAAAGACCAAGGUUAGAAGUAAGAAGCGCAAUACGGAACGUGGAGAGUACUUUACAGCGAGUCGAGCGUGUCCAUGCUGAUACUAAGGAGGACACCGUCGUGACAGUAAUUAGAAGAUUCUGGGAACAAAUGGAUAGUCACAGAGAUUACGUCGAUCAAAUACUCGAAUCGAUGCGCAGGGAAGUAAAUAACGCCAAGUUUAGAGGCGUAGACGCGAAAGACUGCUACGAUACUAAUCGUCAGGCCAUAAUCGAGCAUACCGACGUAGCAAACAAAGCUGCUGCAGAAUGUCAAGAAAAUGCUGAGAAAUCCAUUGAGAAUAGCCUUGGGUUUCUCGAGAGCUUCAUAUCGGUUGGAAAUAAUCUGAUAGAAGAAUUGAAUGAUCUCAUCAGGGACUGCCACAGCGACGAUACUAUGAAAGAGGAUAGCUGCAUCCUCAUUGAGUUCGCGAAAGUCAAUACCGACGUGAAGCAGUUUGAGGAGGACGUCAAACACAUCGAGAGCAGCGCAUUACCAGUGUCCAACUACGUCGUUCUAAAGGCCACCGAAUGUCUGGACGAGGCUUACUUGUUAGCGCGCUUCGAAAGUGAGGGCGCAAUGAUGUCUAAUUCCAGAUGUGUUCGAGAUGCCUUGGACAAAGAGGAUAGAUAUGAUUUGGUUGCUUAAGACAGGCGUUACUAACAGUGCAUUUGUCGAUUACGAUUUGUCGAUUACGUUUGAAAUAAUUAAUACUCGAGAGAAAACGAUACAUCUUGACAAUGAGUCAAAUCAAAACGAUCAAUUUGCCAAGGAUAUAUGUCGUUACGAUUAUGCGUAUCGAAGCAAAACUUUGCUUGUUAAUCGUACGCUCCUCUAAAUUGAGAGCUUUAUACGAUAUAUGUUUUAAAAGAUAUUUUUUAUGUAUCUGAUAUACU